CAGCCUACAAGUCAGUCAUUUGCUUUCGGUAAGAUUGGAGAGGUCCAAGGAGAAACGACAGAAACAGUAGUUACCGUAAGCGGAAGGGAGAGGGGACGAAAGGAGGGGUCAAGUGAUCUUGUCCAGUCGUGUGGUAACAUCUUUAUCUUGCCUCAGAUGCUUCCUCUUGCAAAAUGAAAUUGUAUGUAUUGCAGCAAGAUGUAACCACUGCUACCAAAAAAACAAGGACAAUUUUGAUUUUGUGCUUUGAUACCGAUGUGUUCAAUCGGUUAACUUUCACAGGAGAGGCGGAAAGGGAAAUAAGUGUUAAGGACAUAAGGGGUUUUUUGAAAGAAAGCUUCGUUAAUGAAAAAAUCAUU